CUCUUUCUCAAGUUGGCAUCACUGUUGGAAUUAAAGUUUACACAAAAAAUGGCGAAUGACAGAAGUGAGGUUAUGUUUAAUUAAAAACGCUACAGAAUCAUUCUAAUUAUUGACAAAAAAGUAUUUUUUCACAGUAAAAGUGUUAUAAAAGUAAUAAGAAAAAUUGAAUAUCAUUGUCAUUAGUUCUACAAAAUCAAGAAAAAAUGGCUCUUCGAACUUAUGGUGAUAAGCCUAUAAGCUUUCAAGUCGAGGAAAAUGGAGAAUAUUAUUGCAUUGGUUCCGAAGUGGGAAAUUAUUUACGACUAUUUCGAGGGUCAUUAUAUAAACGCUAUCCUGGCAUGUUUAGAAGAUCAAUUACAAAUGAUGAACGAAAAAAAUUAGUAGAACUUGGUUUAAGUCAACAUGUUCUUGCGUCUAGUGUUUCUCUUUUGAGAGCAAGCGAAGUUGAGGAUAUAAUUGAGGGAAAUGAUGAAAAAUAUAAAGCCGUUUCUGUUCAUUCAUCAGAACCGCCUGCACCGCGAGAAGGAAAAUCUAAAAAAUCAAUGGCAUGGGUUCCCAGUUUACCAAAUAGUUCACAUUUGGAUGCUGUUCCACAAGCUACACCUAUCAAUCGCAAUCGAGUGCAUAAUAAAAAAGUUCGCACUUUUCCGCUAUGUUUUGAUGACACAGAUCCAUCAGCUAAUUUAGAGAACGCAGCCCAGCAGGAAAUGCUUGUUCCAAUUCGUUUAGAUAUGGAAAUUGAGGGGCAAAAAUUGCGCGAUACUUUCACGUGGAAUAAAAAUGAGAGUUUAAUAACACCAGAACAAUUUGCUGAGGUUUUGUGCGACGAUUUGGACCUUAAUCCAUUGACUUUCGUUCCUGCGAUCGCACAAGCGAUAAGACAACAAAUAGACGCCUUCCCUCAGGAGAUAAUAUUAGAAGAUCAAUGCGAUCAGAGAGUUAUUAUUAAAUUAAAUAUUCACGUUGGAAAUACAUCGUUAGUCGAUCAAGUUGAAUGGGAUAUGUCAGAAAAAGAGAAUAAUCCGGAAAAAUUUGCAAUGAAACUUUGUGCUGAACUUGGACUUGGCGGAGAAUUCGUUACUGCCAUCGCUUACAGUGUACGAGGACAAUUGUCCUGGCAUCAGAGGACGUAUGCAUUUUCAGAAGCUCCACUACCAACGGUUGAAGUUCCUUUUAGAUCACCAUCAGAAGCUGAUCAAUGGGCUCCAUUCUUGGAGACAUUGACAGAUGCAGAAAUGGAGAAGAAAAUACGAGAUCAAGAUCGAAAUACACGACGAAUGCGACGGUUGGCUAAUACUACACCUGUAUGGUAAAAUGAUAUACAUUUAAAUAAAUUACAAUUCAAUGAUUAAGUUUAUAUAAAAUUACUUCGUAAUUAUCUAUUGAUUAAAAGGAAUUGUAAGUUUUUACGGUUUGUGUAAGUAUCUAACAAUUUUUUUUUAUGUAAAGAAAGUCAUUUGAAAAUAAAUCAUCUUCAACUAACA